UUUCAACUUUGAGCAUUUUUUUACUUUAAAAAACCCCAACCCAUUUUUAAUUGAAAAAUCGAAUUUUUUGUUUCAAAGAGGUCGAAACAAGAGAUUCUGAUUUCCCGCCCCCUUCAUCCCCCCCGAAUUGUUUAAAGGCUCUUUCAGCCAAAUCAGUUUGGCACAAUCUACAGGAAUUCACGAAAGGUUGACCCAAAUUUUUCAUGUUUUUGCAACAGAAAAUGGCUGAGAAAGUCACUCGGCUGUACUUGGCACCAUUCUUCUGGACAUGACAGAGCAUGUGAAGAAGUAUGGGCUUUACUGCUGCUGUGCCAUAGACAACCAGGCUACCUCCUCACGCCUCUUUAACUAGGGCUUGUCAGUAAGAAAAUGAACUAUUUUAACUGUGCAAUUACAGUGCCUGCUGAAUGCUUGUCAUCACAGCGGUAGGAAUCUGCUCUGAAGUGUGUAUCUGCUGGAGAGGGAAUUCUAACUUUGUGCCCUGGUUGCUGUAAGUAUCCAGCGAGACUUGCAUACCAAGCCCCCUAUGUUUGUCUGUUGGGACCCCAUUGUGACAUCAGGCCUGAGCAUGCAAUGAUGUCAUCAACAUUCAGCUGUGAACAACCUUGAGGCACUUCUGAAUUCAACAGAGAAGGAGAAUUUUUCUCUCUUUCCCCUCAACCCCAAAUGAACCACUUGGGAAGUCGCUGCUUCAGUGAGACUGAGGAGGCCUCAUGGCCCGAGAUCCAAGCGCCACUUCUCCUUUCCCUAAUAACACCUGAAGAUGGGACUUUUUUUCUUUCUGCCCUACGGAACAAAAAGGCAACAGAGCCUGUGACAACUCAGCCGACCCACAGGGUUGGCAUGUCCACCAUCACAACAGUCACACGGACCGGAGGAGACUGGACCACUGGCCUUUUUGGUAUCUGCAGUGACAAGAGUGUGUGUGUCUGUGGUGCCUUGUGUAGUCCAUGCCUAGAAUGCAACCUUGCAAGGCACUAUGAGGAGUGCCUGUGUUUCCCAUUGCUGCCAGGUUCCACCUUAGCGUUGAGAGUCGGCGCCAGAGAGAAAUACAAGAUACGAGGAACCCUGUGUGAAGACUGGAUGGCAGUUCAUUGCUGCUGGCCUUUUGCUGUUUGCCAAGUGGCCCGAGAGCUGAAGAGGAGGGCAACGACCCAGAUCUAUGAAAUAAACACUGCUUCUACAGCUAAAGAUACCCUAGUUUAAAAAUUCCCAGCCAGAAAGCUUGCUUCAUGAUACUUUAUUUUUAGAAAUAAAAUGCAUUUUGUCUUACAGCAAAGGCUCUCUAAUAAUCCUGCAGGGCUGUGUAUGUUAAACCGUGAUAUAACACCUAACUGGCUCAGCUGCAAAUUUCCACAGUGCAACCAUAUUAUGUGGUUCAAUGAUCUAGGGCCUGCUCUGAAGUAUGGCGCCGUUGAUGACCUCUUUCUCUGGGCACAGGGAUCUGGAAUCCUAAUGCAAAGCAUUUUGCAUGCAAUUCCUUAGCAAAGCAGCAGUGGCAAAAUCACUGCAACUGAAAAGAUUAUAGGGAAAUAGGAACACAUUUAAGGGAGGAAGCACAGUGCCGUGAAUAGGGCAUGAAACUGGAAGUGGAAGGAAAUGGGUUCUUUCUCUAACAACUCAGUGUGACCUAAGCAGCUCACUUAGUCUCUCUGUGAUUCCAUUUCCCCAUCUCCUAAACAUGAGACUAAUGAUACUCACCCUCCUUUUGAAAAGCACUUUGAGAUCCUUGGAGGAAAAUUCUCUUAGUACUAAGUAUUAUUAAUACAGUCCUUUGUAGAUUACUGCAGUUUUGCUGGAGGCAAAGAAGGGAGAUAGAUCUCCCUUUAAUUGGGUGUCAAAAUGGUGAUGGGUAGAGGGAGACAGCCAUGAUAGUCCUAGCUAGAGUCCCAAACUCAAACCACAUUCCCAGAGUAGCUGGGAAAGGAAUGCCUGAAUUCAGAGUAGAUCUGCUAAGUCCCCUGAAACCAGCACUAAAAUAAUUCUCCUGUACAAAAUAAUUCCUUUCAUGCAGGCUACUGGAAAGAUUAGAAGUAGAAUUCAGUUCAAAUAAAUGAAAAUAAACAUUGUUUUAUUGUUUCAUGCAAAAACAAAUUUCAUGGCAACACAAAAUCUUUUACAGAAUGGAAUCAUAUACAUAUUUGGCAUUGAAAACUUGACCAACAUCUAUACUUUCCAUCUGCUGACCUCCACCAUGCUGAUGAGCUAAUUUUUGCAGUGCACUCAUUCUGAAACCCAGUCUGUCAAUUACUUUUCCAGUGUAUAAGGUGCAGUACUCCACUCAAGUCAAGGUAACUUUUUUUUUUUAAUUGAUCUACAGACAACAAACCUAAACAUUAGAGUUAUAAACUUAAACAAGUAAAUUUGUAGUAACUUAGAGCAUUCUAAAACCAGAGCCUUUCAACUGAUGUAAUACAAAAUAAAUACCUCAGUGGUUAAUACAAAACAGAAGAUGAAGAUACGUUUUGUUCAUCAACUUUUCACUUCUUCCUCUUGAGGAAAGUGAGUUAAAUUGAAAAA